GCUACAUAAGUGGCAACGACUACAACAACGGAAAUUGACAGGGAAAUGGAAAUUCAAACCGUGCAUUUUUUACGAAGGAGCAAGCAUUAUUUUUAGAAAAACUGAAAUUCAAGGAAGCUAUGCAAGAAGCAGCGAAACAGCAGGCGGAGCGGAAACCUGUACCGACACGCAACUUUGAGCUGAGAUUGAAGAUCAUUGGAAUCGACAAAAAAAAGACAGAGUAUAAAGAAGACGAGAUGAAGAAGUGGGUCACGAAAACGUUCGGUGAUUCGUUGAAGCUUUUCACCGAGAAGCUAGAUGAAGUGGAUAAAAAGUUCAAUUUCGCAGAGGAUGAGAAGGAGGAACUCAAGCGCCUCGGUGCUGAAAAGGAGUUGCAAGAGCUGAAGGAGGGCUCGAGCAGCGAGAAGAGGAAAAAACAUCCUUCGACUUCAGUCACCUCCGCUAGGGUGGACAAGAUCCGUGUGAAAUUGGUGGACAGGACUAAAAAAGAUCCGACCAGAAGGGUUCUCAUCUUUUCAGAUGAGGAAGAAGACGAUGGUGCUGAGCUCAUAUGGAAAGGGACGGUUAAUUUGACGAGAAAAUUUGAGGAGGCAUAAGGGAAAGGCAAGGAGAGGUUUAUUGGGGAUAUCACAAAGAUAAAGAACCUCCUCAAAC